AUGGUCCCACCACCACCGCGAGCGUCCCACUCACAGUCUAGAUCAGGAACUUUCACGCCCCUUCCCCCGUCCAGCCAGCCUCUGCAGACCGGCGGGCGGAGCUCUGCUGCGACCCCAAUUACUGGCAGCCCGACCAGCGGUCACAGAUUCGACACAACCAUUACCAUCACGCAGAUCUAUGUGCUCUUGAAUCUGCUUAGAGACAAUACCAAGGACAGAGCUAAGUGGGAACUUCAAGCAGAUCAGCUCAAGAAGCUCAUCGAUGACCACGGCAUGGAAGUCUUUCCAAGAUACUUCGCCCGGCUGGUAGCCCAAAAUGCCGGCACUAUCUUCCAGGGCUCCAGCCGGCCUGCCCCAAAUUCGGGCGACUAUUCUCUACUCGUUGCAGAGAUGGACAAGAUAUCACACGACCUCGACCAAGCGGGCAAGAUAGCCGACUCCAUCGAGACAGGGACCGACAACGUGUUUAGGAAUUUCGACCUAUCAACGUUCAUGGAACAUUUCAAGCUUGACGCACUGGAGAAGACCAUCCUUGCGUUGGCUUUCAAAUUUGGUUCCGAUCCCAAUCUCAAGACAAAGGCCGACGCCAUUCUCUCUACUAACUUUCCGACCUUCGUAAAUAUCAUAGCGCGGGCAGACUACGGCUCGCACGGCGACCUCGACGGUGACUUUAUCGCCGCCAUCGUCGACCGAUAUGUACAGGGCCACCCACCCAAUUUCAACUCGCCGGCAAAACAGGAGCUAGCCCACAAGGUUCAAGCACGGUGGUCAUCGAUGGAUCAAGCUGCUCCUUUGAACGUGCUGGCGGCGUUGGAUUUGAUGCGAGUCCUAGGUGACAAGCCAGCCAACGCGCUGACCCGGUAUAUCCAGCGGACAGGUGUUGAUUUCACUCGAGAUGAGGACACGUGCCAUGGACACCUCGAAAACCGGCCAGACAAUAUCGAUCUCAGCAAAGAGCAGCUAUCUUCUGCCCUAUUAUAUACCACGAUCAGUCAAACACCUCGACACAAUCCAUCGACUCUCGUUUUAGCUCUCAGGCGAGUACUGCCUGCAUCGUUCGUAUGGCAGGACGUCCUUGCAUACUUCGACCACCGUGACGUCAGGUUAUCCUCCGAACAAUUUUUGCGUUUGUAUCAAGCUCUGCUGCCCAUUGCUCAAGAACAACCGGCUUUCGAUAUUCAAUGUCUAUGGGGUGGCCAACAUUGGGAAAACCCCGAAACUCAGCUGGCAUUUAUUUGCGCAUUUGCGUCCUUAACCCCCGAGCAGUUGGACGCGACGUCCAUUCCGCGACUACAAGCGACAUUCAGCCUCGAUGAAUACGACCAGUCACCCCAAGAAGUCCGCGAUAGGGCCGCGGAAGCUGUGAAGCACCCCCUGGUUUCCGAAACUGCUUUAUCAGCUAUCUUCCAGGUGGCUUUGCACUCGCUUCAUGCUUCACAGAGCAGCGAGGCCAAACGCCUUUUCCAGCAGGUUGUCAUUCCCAACCUCGACGUUUUCCUCGUUUCCGCUUUUGGCGUCCCAAAACCAUGGCCAAAUAUGGCCAUGGAGACAAUGGGGUCACUAUUCGCCGAGUUUCUCCACAAGAAGGGCCCUCUGAGUGCGUUCGUCAUGGAUAGUCUCUGGAGGAAGGAUAAGAAUUGGGUUAGGCAACGCCUGUUCGAAGCCCACGCCAUGAAGCCACUUGAUCUCCCCAUCAUAUUCACCCAUGCCAUCAAGCACAACUGGCUAGAUGAUUUGGUGAAUGUCCCUAACGGUUUUGGUUUCGACUUGGCGGCCCUGGCUCAUGCUGAAGGGUUUCUGAAUCUGCAGGAGUGGGCAAAUGUUAAUUUCCGGCAAGCUGCUGAUAUUUCACGGUCACUUCUCCAGUUCUUGGCUAUCAAAGCAGACAUGGAGUUGCGCUAUCAACGACCGCCAGAGGGUCAGCUACCCCAGAAGGAAAGCUGGCCUUUGCAGGUAAAGACGGUGUCCGCCAUGCUGCAGAUUCUUGAGGAUCUUUUGCCUGGAAACCCUCCCCUGCGGGAACUUGUGAUGGUCCAGCGACAGUGUAUUAUUGCAUACCCACGCCUGAUCAACUAUGGCGAGGGUUGCGACGACAUCGUUGAUGCAAACGGCGCAGCAGGCAAUUCGCUACCGCAGCAAGCUGUUGUUCGUAUGGAAGAGCAUUUUAAGACGAUGUACUCGAGCGAUAUACAGGUCAAGGAUAUCGUUGAUACACUGCUCCGGUACAAACACUCGCGUGACCCUUUGGAUCAGGACGUGUUUGCCUGCAUGAUCCAUGGUUUAUUCGACGAGUAUUCUCACUUUCCCGAUUACCCCCUGGAGGCGUUGGCAACAACGGCAGUACUUUUUGGUGGUAUAAUAUCCCGCAAAUUAAUAUCCGAGUUACCUCUGCGAGUUGGUCUCGGUAUGAUUCUAGAAGCCGUCAAGGAUCACUCACCUGAUGAAUCCAUGUACAAGUUUGGUCUCCAAGCUUUGAUGCAAUUGUUCAGCCGAUUCCAGGAAUGGCCUGGAUUCUGCAUUCAGUUGGUAUCAAUACCGGGCUUGCAAGGUACUGAAGCAUGGAAGAAGGCUAUGCAGGUCAUCAAGGACAACGAAGAGGAUGGCGGCCAAAACCAGAACGGCGUAGCAGGAAACACCGCGGGCACCACCGAAAGCGUGGUCAACGGCACAGGCAUUGGUGGCGAAACGUCCUCGCCCCCGUUCAACUCCGUUCAUGCUGACAACGCCCCUACCAACGUCCAGUUCGAAGCGCCAAAUGAAACGACACAGGACCACAUCCAGUUUGGGCUCAACAACCUUACUGCAGCUAAGUUGCACGGCGUCUUUUCUGAUAUACAACAACACCUGGAACGGCAAUAUCAGCAAUGGUUCGCGGGUCAUCUUGUGGAGGAACGUGCCAAGAUGCAGCCUAAUUAUCAUCAAGUUUACUUGGACUUUGUUCGGUUGUUCCAGGAUAAAGCACUUUCUGCCGAAGUGCUGAGGCAGACGUACAUCAGCGUGACUCGGAUGAUCAACGCUGAGAGUACAAUGCAAAAUUCUACCGAGCGAACCCACCUAAAGAAUCUCGGCCAAUGGCUUGGGCUUCUUACCAUUGCAAGGGACCAACCUAUCAAGCAUCGAAAUAUAGCCUUCAAGCAACUCCUCGUGGAGGCUUAUGACACAAAACGACUGAUCGUGGUCAUUCCAUUUGUGUGCAAAGUACUUCUUCAAGGUGCCCGGUCGACCGUCUAUAGACCACCGAACCCUUGGCUUAUGGACAUUCUUCACCUCCUUAUUGAGCUGUACCAUAAUGGCGAUCUCAAACUCAACUUGAAGUUCGAAAUUGAGGUUCUUUGCAAGGAUCUGAACCUUGAUCACAAGAGCAUUGAACCGUCACAGGAACUCUCGCAACACCGGGCACAUGUUGACGAAAUCGCUGAUCUAGCGACUGUCGAAGCGCUUGAGCCAUUUGAGAACCUCACGCUCAACGGUGUCACUGGUGCGCCUGGCUUGUCGCCCCAUCCCGUGCAGGUGACAAUUCCAGACCUCACAGCGCAGCUAUCGAUACCUCCCAACAAUGAGAUGGUUGUUAGCGCUGCUCGGUUACUUGACAUUGUUCGUCAAGCCCUUACACGUGCACUGCAUGACAUCAUCACGCCCGUGGUAGAUAGAUCCGUCACUAUUGCUGCGAUAUCGACACAACAGAUGAUUCAUAAGGACUUCGCGACUGAGCUGGAUGAGAAGCGCAUUCGCGAAUCAGCAAUCACUAUGGUGAAGGCGACAGCUGGCAGUCUAGCUCUUGUUACAAGCAAGGAGCCGUUGCGAGCUAACAUUACCAACUACAUGCGCCAGCUUUCGAGCGAGCUGCAACAGCCCCUACCCGAAGGAACCAUCAUAAUGUGCGUCACCUCCAAUCUCGACCUGGCUUGCAGUGUCAUUGAGAAGCAUGCCGAAGAACGUGCCGUGCCCGAAAUCGAGGAAAUGAUCGAGCAGGAACUGGAGGCUAGGAGACGUCAUCGUCUUCAACGGCCGAAUGACCCUUAUGUUGAUCCAGGAUUGAGUCGUUGGGCGAUGACUAUCCCGAACCCUUACAAGCUAUCUCCGAACAUGACUGGUCUGAACCAAGAGCAGCUUGCCAUCUACGAAGAGUUUGGAAGGCAGUCGCGGGCGUUGGCACCAGCAACACAAGUACAUGCUGCAUCCGCCUCCGAUGCAACACGCAGUGUUGCAAAUGAGGUUCUUCAAGACCAAUUCAGCUCCGUUCCAAACUUGCCAACACCCUCCGAGACUCCUUCUAUGCCGCAUAUGCCGCCACAACUUCCGUAUCCUCACGGACAACAAGGCGCAAUCACAAAUGGUCGACCUAGUGGUGCACCCCUCAACCAAAUCGAUGCUCGCGCUCUUGCGGAGCGUGUUCAGAAGUUAUUGACGGACCUUCAACGCGCCGCUGCGGAUGCACGCGAGGACCAUUUCGGAGACCUACCAAGAAACCAUCCAGUUAUGGAAGCCGUUGAUGCGUUAACUCAGCUUAUCAUCAGGACGUCCCAAUCAUCUGAUGAUUUCGCUAUUUACGUAGCCGACAAAAUCACUCAAAGCCUGUUUAGUUCUAUUGAUCACAACUCCUUGGUUCUCGAGAGUCUGGUUCAUGUCCUCGAGUCUCUACUGAAAAUCUAUGGAGGAUCUGGCACAGGUCUGCUGGACAGGGUUCAGGCAUCCGUUGAUCAACAGCCUUUGCAAAGUUUCUUGAAUGCAGAGUUAGUCACCGUUCUCCUUGGAACCGACCUUCUCAACUUGCAGGUCGUCGACGAAGCUGCAAAGGCGGCCCUGACUGAGAGACGGCCCGGGUCUCUUGAAUUCUUCGAGAGAGUUUGGGAUUUAACUCUUGGCUCGGAGAGACCUAUCGCUCUCUACGGCGACUUCAUUGGCAGUCUACCUCAAGCCUGGAAUUGGAUCAAUGCCGAACCUGACCUCGAGGCUUGUCAACGUCUCAAGACAAAGAUCCUCAACUCGGGUAUAAUUCCACCUGAGCACCUCGUUAAAAACGCCCAGAUGGAGCAGUUCGAGUACCUUUUCGAGGAGUGGAUGCGCCAAUAUUACAACCACAACACACCAGACAAGGCAGCCACCUCAUUCGCCAGGCAACUACUCGAGAAAGGCAUUGUCACGAACAAGGAUGAUUUAUCUUCGUUCCUCCGACGCGCCUUGGAGCUUGCAGUGAACUACCACGAACAAGCCACUCUCGCGGGCGCUCUGAACCACGACUGCUUCAAUGCGAUUGAUGCAUUGGUCAAUCUCAUAGCAGUACUGGCUCAAGUCAAUAUCAUGCAGCAUAGCGAUGCUGCACGUGGCGCCGUAAUCUUUUUUGACAUAGUCUUCAUGUUGGGCACUUUAGUCCUCAAUCAUCACCACACCCAGAGGGGCGAACAUUUCAAUUCCCGGGCAUUCUUCCGCUUCUUUGCGAUGCUGAUUUGCGAGGCCAGUCGGGUCUUUGAUCAAUUCGCAACAUCAGCAACCGUGUCCCCGUCUGAUGUUGAGGUUCACCGACAAGAAUAUCUACUUCGAGUUGCCGCUACCUUCGCACAAAUUGUGCCAGAUCGUUUCCCAGGCUUUGCCUUCCAUUGGCUGGAACUUAUACAGCACCGACUCUUCAUGCCCGAGCUACUAAGCUCUGAGCCGAGCCGCGGCUGGGAGUCGUUCACUCAACUAGUCGUAGCGCUUCUUCGUAACGUAAGUGAGCAUCUCAAGGUCACCGACAUGCACGACGUUGCGAAGGAGUACGCACGAGCUGCAGUCAAAUUCAUGAUUGUUUUGCAGCAUGAUUUCCCUGAAUUCCUCGCGGCAAACCACGUGCAGUUGUGCACUCCGCUACCGCCACAUGCUACGCAGUUCAGAAACAUCAUUCUGUCUGCACAACCACGUGGCGACAUUGCCGACUCCACUCUGAGCCACUAUGAUGUAGCCGAGAGUUAUCUUCGAGAAAGUGGUCUGCUUGACCUGGUCGAUCAGCUUCUCCAGCAAGGACCAUCGGAAGACGCGAUUGCGCAUCUGACUCAUGCCGUUAGCCGGACUGAUGCUCGAUCGACUAUCUUUGGAAACGUACCCAUUACGACAAACACAGCACUGAUCAGUGCUGUGGUGUUGUAUGUCGGCACCUUCGCCAUCAAGCGAGCAAAGCAGGACAGUGACCUGUUCAACCCUAGAUCUCCAGAUGCUGCCACGCUAUCUCUUUUGGCACACGAGCUUAAUGCGGAGUCACGCUACUUCUUCCUCGCAAGCAUCAUUGAUGAGCUUCGGUUCGCUGGACCUCACUCGAGCUAUUAUAGCAAAUUCUUGUUUGAACUUUGGGGCGACGAUGUCAACGACCCAGAAGAAGUUGACAUCCGCCAGCAGAUGGCUCGUAUACUUCUCGAACGUUUCUCGGGCUACUGGCCGCAGCCUUGGGGUCUGGUUUACGUCACUCUCGAGCUCCUUAGGAACGAUAAAUACGUAUUUUUCGAUCAACCUUUUAUCAAGGCCGACCGAGAAGUACGAGAGCGCUUUCAGGGCAUUUUUCGAAGCAUUGAUAAUAUGCCCUGA